AUGCUGAUCACGCUGUGCUACCUGUACCUGUGGGCGCGCUGGGGGCCGCGCUCGGCCGCGCUCGUCCGCAGCACCGUGAGGAGACUGCACCGCUCCCGCUGCUCCUUCACCUUCUGCGCCCGGCAGCCGCAGCCCGAGGAGCUCGUCUGCCUCCGCAUCGGCGGAAAGGUGUUCUACACCGGCGAGGCGCAGUUCCUCGAUGACUUGAACAGGUGGAGUGUGCUUCUCGUUUCUCCCUUUAUUCAUCCUGAGAAGUUGCUGCCAGCAGAACACAUCGCUUUUGUGACAGAAAGCAUUUCUGCUCAGACAGAGAACUUGCAGAAAGGACCUGACUCUUCAGAGGAGAUUGUGAAGUGGUCAGACUUUUGUUCACCCUUGGCCUAUAAACCUGGUGAACCUUUUAAAUUAAUUGCUGAAGCCAGUGUAGAUAAUUUCAGUAGCCUUGGAAUAGCCUUCCUGGAAGACAGGCUGCAGAUGGAUAACGGGAUGGUGCCACACAGGAUUGUUUCUGUCCAUUUAGAGGAAUCUGCUCUGAAGCAGUUGGCACAGGAGGCACCGUCGGUGAAAGAGAAAAGCACAGACAUGGAUGCAGUAACUCCUGCUGGGAAAUCAGGAUUAGGACGAGGUGAGGAGGAGAAAUCCAAGCUGGAAGAAGAAAGGGAGCAUGAGGAGACAGGAGUUGGGGAACAUCACCACUUGCACCUUUCCAGCUGCCACGAGUGUCUGCAGCUUGAAAACAGCACCAUUGAAUCCGUGAAAUUCGCCUCUGCGGAAAACAUUCCUGAGCUUCCCGAUGAUUGCAGCAGCAGAACGGAGGAGAAGGAGGAUGAACAGCUGGAAAAAGGAAUGAAAAGAAUAAACCUCACUGGGAAACCCCCUAAUAUAUUGAUUUACCUGGGCUCUGAGGCUGCCAAAGAGAGGUUUGAGCAGGUGAAGUCAGUCCUCAGGGAAUGCAUCGAUGCUGAGUGCUACACCAUCUACCAGCUGCACCAGGAGCGAGUGCUCAGGGAUCCCUGGAUUGACAACUCCCUGCUGCUGGUCAUUGCCACAGAGGAGCCCAUUCCUGAGGGCAGCCACAAGCAAUUUAUGAAAUUUCUGUCCAAAGGGGGGAAGAUUCUUGGGUUUUCUUCGUCCUUCACCUUCGGGGGCGUGCAGAUAAAGCACAAAAACAAACUGAGGAAGGCUGUGCAUGAGCUGGUGGUCUCUAAAAAGGACAGCACUGAGGUGAAGCUGAACCUCCUGGUCAGUGGCUGUGUUUUUGAGGAAGGGAUGAAGGGAGAUGCCAGCAGAGUGAAGGUGUUGAGUCGAUUAAAUAAUGCUGAUAAAGACAUGGUUAUUGUGCAUCUGCCUCAUGGGAGCGGUGGAGGAGAAGCCAUCCUUUCCCAGGCCCAUUUGGAGCUGGACAGCAAUUCCCUGGAUGUGCAAACUGAAGAGGAUUUUAAUUUGCUCAAGUUGAGCAAUUCCAAGAGAUAUGAAGUUCUCAGGGAGAUCCUGACUUGCCUUGGGCUGAGCUGUGAAAGGAGUGAAAUUCCCGUGUUGACACCCAUUUAUCUGCUCUCUCCAGACGAGGAAAUCCAUCUCGCUUUCCUGAAGUGGCUGGAGGGGAACGUGGAUGCUGAGGGAUUAAGGGCAUCCAGCAAGGUGUCUCUGAAAUUUGUUUCGUCCUGUGAGUCCAAAGUGGAAGUGACUCCGUCCCUGAUGCCGGUGAUCACGGAGAUGGGGAGUUUCUCCUCAGAACAUUUCAGCCUGAAGAACUACCAGCAGCAUCUCCAAACCAAGAAGCUGGGAAAGAUCCUUCUUUUCACUGAGGUGACCACCACGACCAUGAAUCUUCUGGAUGGGUUAAUGUUCGAGUUGCCUGAGGAGAUGGGUUUAAUAGCAGUGGCUGUUCAACAAACACAAGGGAAAGGUCGUGGUGGAAACGUUUGGCUCAGUCCCAUGGGCUGUGCCCUGUGCACUCUGCACAUCUCCAUCCCUCUACAUUCCAACUUAGGCCAGAGAAUUCCUUUUAUCCAGCACCUGGUGUCCUUGGCAGUGGUAGAGGCAGUCAGAUCCAUACCAGGAUAUGAGGACAUUGAGCUGCGAGUGAAGUGGCCAAAUGAUAUUUACUACAGCGAUCUGAUGAAGCUCGGUGGAGUUCUGGUAAACUCAACACUCAUUGAAACAACAUUUCAUAUUCUCAUUGGCUUUGGAUUUAAUGUGAAUAACAGCAACCCCACCAUCUGCAUCAAUGACCUCAUUGCAAAGUUUAACAGGGAAGAGGGGACAGAGCUGAAGCCUCUGAGUGCAGAUUGUCUCAUUGCAAGGACUGUGACUGUGCUGGAGAGGCUCAUCGAGAUUUUUCAGGAGAAGGGGCCCAAUGGAGUUCUUCCCCAGUACUAUAAGUAUUGGGUACACAGCGGGAAGCAGGUCCGGCUCCACCACGAGGAGGGCCCGGUGGCCUGGAUUGUUGGGAUUGAUGACUAUGGAUACCUCCAGGUGCACGAGGAGGGCAAAGGCGUGGAGUCUGUGCACCCUGAUGGCAACUCCUUUGACAUGCUGAGGAACCUCAUCGUCCCCAAGCACUGACAGCCCACAGGGACCUCCAGUCCUGGCCACUGUCACCUCAAGGUGACGGGGGUAACCCAAAGUUUCAUUUUUCCUUCUGAUUUUCUGCUUUGUGUUUGCCAUGGGUGACUUCAGCAGCUGAAAAGAGGUGGUGAUCUCACAGCUGAAGGCUUUUAUUCUUUUAGUUAACUUUAAAACACACCUCUGUUGCCAUUCUUUUUAAGGAUCUGUUCUUUGCAAGGAGACUGAUUGCCAAGAAAUAUUUGUAGUGAACAGAACUUUCUCUUCAUUUACACCUUAUACUGGAGAGACUGAAGUGGCUCAAUAUUUCCUUUUUUUUGUUGUUUGUUUCUGUGUGACUUAGCACAGUGCAGGACAGUAUUUACUUUUUUACUUCGUGUUUUUUUAAACUAAAUUCUGUUUUUCUGUGUUGUCUGCACUAAAACCAGCUGGAACAUCACAUAUUCCUGAAUUGCUGGGAUCACCACUGUGCUUAAUUCCAGGUCUGAGUGAAGAUCCUUGCUGAUUUGGUUCUUCUCUGUGUAGACCUCUACAAUAAUUUACCAACCUGUGCUUUGAUCUCAGGUCUGCAACUCUUAAUGGCUGCCUUGAGUUUUUGGGAGAGUUUUCCAUCAGCACUUAGGAGCUGAGCUUGGUUAUCCAAGGGAUUUGCACUCUGCUCUCCCCAGUCAGUUUUAUCUGAGUAAAGCAGCUCAUCUGUCUUUUAAAUCACAAUUUUCCAAGAGGUUUCAGCUCCCGGAAGAAAAUCCCACUGGAGUAAUGUCACACCCAGGUUAUUGUAGAAUCCCAUCUCAGGGGAUGGAACCUCUAAUUAAUUUAGAAUUUAGUGGUAAUUAUAUCACCAUUUCAAUGAAGUUGAGUGAAUAAAUAAAGGGAAUAAAUCGAAUUCCCUGCUGCAAACAACUGCUCCAGUGAAAAAGAGAAAUCACACCGUUCCCCCGUGUCCAAAUUCUCCUCUGUAGCUCUGUUGUCACCUCCCUUUCC